GUCCUCUUGCUUGUGCAGCUCCUCCCUCUUGCACAUAAAAGCCUCACCCCUAUCAAAGUUCUGUGCUCCAUCCACCCUGCAGUAUAGCAGCAACACAUGUGAAGAGCUGAGACCUUACUGGAGCCCUUACAUGGCCACCUUCCCACUCAUACCUUGGAACCGAGUCCGAGAAGCAACCUAAUGUGAGGCGAGGCAGUGGACAAAGACAUUUACUUGGUGAAGAAAUCAACUUCAAAAUAGAAUAUGGUUCCUACAAUCUUCCAUCGCAUCCACAUAAUCAUCGCUGUGCUUCAUCUGGCACAUGGUGGCUCCUUCUCCAGAAGCAAAACAUCAUUGCAUCAAUACCAGGGCCAGCCACAGUACAACGAUGGCCACCCACAACAGCCCGUCUUAGGGAAUGACAUGCCGUUACUUGGUCAGUACGGUGUGGAGCUCCCUCAGCUUCCAUUUGAGUUGGGCAAAGAACGGCUAGUGACGAAAAACAAAGGACAAACAUUCAGAGGAGCCAAAGGUCCACCUCCUCCUGGUUCUAGUGGAGAAGGUUUCCGCGUUGGACCUCCUGGAGUUGAGGGCCCACCAGGACCUCAAGGACCACCAGGGCUGCCAGGACAAGGAUUGCAAGGAGUACCCGGAAAACCAGGCCCUUCUGGUCCUCAAGGGUACCCGGGAAUAGGUAAACCAGGACUUCCCGGAUUGCCUGGAAAACCAGGAGGACCUGGAUUGCCUGGGCCUCAAGGUGAGCCAGGACCUAAUGGUCGUGAGGGACCAAAUGGACUUCAUGGUCCUCAAGGACUUCCAGGUCCACCUGGCCUUCCUGGAAUUGCAAAGGUAGGCGGUCAAGGUCUCCCAGGACAAGUAGGUCUUCAAGGAGAGCCAGGUCAAAGAGGUUCUCCUGGGCUUCCUGGCCAACCAGGCCCCAGAGGGGAAAAAGGACUUGGUAUUCCUGGUUUGCCUGGGUUGAAAGGGCCUAGUGGACCACCAGGUCCACCUGGACAUGCCGGGAUGCCUGGGAUUGGCAAACCUGGUGUGAAUGGUUUUCCUGGUCAGGCAGGAAUGCCGGGAAAAACUGGUCCUCGUGGUGAACCAGGACCAGCAGGCCCACCUGGUGACGGAGGCCAGCCAGGUUUACCGGGCUCACCUGGAGUUGGAAAACCAGGGAAGGAUGGCUUUACAGGCCAACCUGGGCUUCCUGGAGGCAAAGGUGAACCAGGUUCUCCAGGAUUGCCAGGAAGUCCAGGUUUGCCUGGUUAUGGCAAACAAGGUUUUCCAGGACCCAAGGGUCAUAAAGGACAUAAUGGUUUUCCCGGAUCACCAGGUCUAAAAGGAGAAAAGGGUCAUGAAGGACUUCCAGGUGUCACUGGUCCUACAGGUUUGAGUGGCAGACCUGGUCCACCAGGCCCAAUGGGGCCAUCAGGAAGUAGUGGCUUCCCGGGACAAAAGGGUGAAAAUGGUGAUGGGGGGCCAAAAGGAAAUCCUGGAUUAAAAGGGGAUUCUGGGUUACCAGGACUCCCAGGACAGCCAGGGUUCAUAGGUGGAGUCGGGCAACCUGGACUGAGAGGAUUUCAAGGACCAACAGGCCCCAAAGGGGAACCAGGCAACAGGGGUUUAUUUGGUGCCUCUGGAACUGCAGGGUUACCAGGGCCAAGAGGAGAGGCAGGCCAACCUGGCGAUAAAGGCCAUCAGGGACCUCAGGGCAUCCCAGGACUUUUGGGACCGGGUGGACCAAUUGGACCUCCUGGAAUGCCCGGUCAAAAAGGAGAAACAGGUCCUCCUGGGAUGCCGGGCUAUCCGGGUGAAGGAAUACCUGGACAGGCUGGUCAGAUUGGUCCUAAUGGUAACCCUGGGUCUAUUGGACCUCAGGGUCUCCCUGGACAACCAGGGCCACCUGGACCACCAGGUCCUCCAGGAAUACCUGCGACAUAUCCUGUCCUUGGACAAACCCUCCCAGUGUCGGGUCCAUACAGUAGUCAAAAACAAGCAUACAAAAAGCCAACUAAUGGUGGGUACAUUGGUGAAAAUGCCUUGGAGAUGCCAUCUUUCACAGCAAAGCUCACCGAUCCAUUUCCUCCUGUCGGUUCUCCUGUGAUUUUUGAUAAAGUCCUGCAGAACAGCAAUCGGGACUACAGUCCGCAAAAUGGUGUUUUUACAUGCAGUGUACCUGGGGUUUACUAUUUUACUUACCAUGUCCACUGCAAAGGGAGUAACGUGUGGGUGGCACUGAUGAAGAACAACAAGCCCAUGCUAUACACUUACGAUGAGUGCACCAAAGGCUUGCUGGAUCAGGCAUCCGGUAGUGCUGUGCUUCCUCUACAGCAGGCUGACACUGUGCAUGUUCAACUGCCAUCUGACCAGGCAGCAGGACUUUAUGCUGAUCCGUAUGUCCACGCCACUUUUUCUGGGUACUUAUUGUACGCAAUCUGAUUGAAAACACUUGUAUUUAGAAAAGCGAUGAUUGAGACAGAAAAUGUAAAGUGAAACGGUUUGGAUGUGCUCCGGCAACAUAAUGACAAUCUUUGUUUGGGAUUUCAUUAAAAUUAUUCUAUCUAUAUUUACAUAUGAACAAAGCGGUCUUUACAUAAAUGUGCUAAUCGGUCUGUUAAAAGUACAAAAACUCAUUUUUACUUUGUUGAAUGUUUAAUUUGGUCAUUUUGAGGCAGCAAAUACAUCUCUGUCUCCUGACUGAGAAGAUAGCUGAAAUGACAAUCAUUUAGUCGUGAUUGUUUCCUUUUUCUUACAGCUGGUCUUAACAGACAUAUUAGGUAGCAUACAAGGAAAAUAUUUGAAUUCAUGCUGUAUACGCUUUUGUAUACAAAUACAUCGCUUACAGGACAUACUCUAAAAGCAUACAGUGGUCGGCAACCCACAGCUCCGGAGCAGCAUGCGCCUCUUUCAUCCUUAUGUUGCGGUGCUGCGUGGUUUGGGAAAAAUAAAUUAAAGUGUCCAAUAAAAUAAAUAAAAGUG